UGUGAUUAGUGGCCAUAAGACACACCAAUCUAGUCAUCAAAUCUAGUCAUUGAUAGCGUGGCGGUCAACGGAUCCGUGUCUCAGCGAUGAUCAUAACAGACAUAUUCACAGCGAUUGUCGCUAUACUGAUGAUGUGGUCGGAAGUGGUUGUGUCGGAUGACUUGCCUACUUGUCGUCCGCAAGACUUCAAAUACUCGUUCACCGAAUGCGAUGGCGACGGCCGAUGGCGGGUAUCGGUGCCCAUCAGC